AUGUCGAAAUUGCGGAAGUGUUGUGUUGUAGGUUGCAAUGCCAACAACAAAACUCAUCGCCUUUUUAACUUUCCAAAGGACGAUAAAUUACGGGAAUUGUGGUUGUCUUUCUUGGUGCCUGUUAAUAUUAAGCUCAGCGGUUUGUCUAAGGAACAAUUGUUAAAUAGAUAUGUGUGCCAAAAGCACUUCGACAGACAGCAGUUCGACGGUGUGGGUAACCGUCUUGCGCAUGGCUAUCCCUGCUUAUUUACUGCAAGGGAAAUGAUGCACGGUAUUCCCUUGGACUCUUCAACUGCCCACGCUCUGAGUGAUCACAACUAUGGUUUACCAAUAGCUGUCCUAGAAGAUUCAAAUGAUUUCACUACUAAUACCAUAAUCAACUCACAAGACCACAUUAGUGAUCAUAAUUAUGUUUUAGAAUGUAAUGUUGAAAAGGGGCCACCAAUUGAAGAACCUACAAAUUCUAAAACUGAUGGACACACAUGUGUUACUGACACACUACAAAUAACGAAACCUGUAGAAAUUGUGCCAAACCUCUCUAUUGCAUCAUCAAAGGCAGAAUCAAGAGAUGUGAUUCGCAAUGUUGAGCAAAAUCAAAAAAGAAAUUCACCAAAAAGAAUUAAGUGUGGAGCCAAUAAACUGACCAAAGAUUGCAGAUGCUUCAUAAGAAGAAUGAAAAAUAUUGCUGUCAAAGAAAAUAAGCUUGAAAAGCCAUUUUCAGAAAGAUUUGAUGCUGCUAAAAUUCUAAGCCAUAACCUAUUAUUUAAUAAAAGUUUUGGCAAAAUGACGCAACAGGCACAAGAUUUUCUUCUAAUGCAGUUGAAAAUGGCAAGUAAAAAGAAGAAAGCAAUGAGGUACACUACAAAUGAAAAGCUCUUGUCACUGUCCCUAAUGAAGGAAAGCCCCAAAGGAUACAGACUUUUGCAAAAAAAUUUUUAA